CACAGCCGGCCUGAGCUUGCUUUGCCACGUCUGAGAGCGGCCGGCCGGGCAAUCGUAUCGCGGAGCCGGGCUGGUCCCGUGGAAAUUCCUCUCUCGUCGUCGCCGCCGCCAUGGUGUCUGUAAUUAAUACAGUGGAUACUUCCCAUGAGGAUAUGAUACAUGAUGCUCAAAUGGAUUACUAUGGCACACGAUUGGCAACCUGCUCUUCAGACAGAUCUGUGAAAAUAUUUGAUGUCCGGAAUGGAGGACAAAUUCUCAUAGCUGACUUAAGAGGGCAUGAAGGUCCUGUGUGGCAGGUUGCCUGGGCUCACCCCAUGUAUGGAAACAUUCUGGCUUCGUGUUCCUAUGACAGAAAGGUUAUUAUUUGGAAAGAAGAGAAUGGUACAUGGGAGAAGACAUAUGAAUACACAGGACAUGAUUCCUCAGUCAAUUCUGUAUGUUGGGCACCACAAGACUAUGGGUUGAUCCUGGCUUGCGGCAGCUCUGAUGGAGCUAUCUCUUUGUUGAGCUAUACUGGUGAUGGACAGUGGGAAGUGAAAAAAAUCAGCAAUGCACAUACAAUUGGUUGCAAUGCUGUUAGCUGGGCACCUGCUGUUGUACCAGGAAGCCUCAUAGAUCAGCCUUCAAACCAAAAACCAAACUACAUCAAACGAUUUGCAUCAGGUGGCUGUGAUAAUCUUAUCAAAAUUUGGAGAGAAGAAGAUGGCCAGUGGAAAGAAGAACAAAAAUUGGAAGCUCACAGUGAUUGGGUCAGAGAUGUAGCCUGGGCUCCUUCCAUAGGUUUGCCAACAAGUACUAUUGCCAGCUGCUCCCAGGAUGGCAGAGUGUUUAUCUGGAUGUGUGAUGAUGCCUCUGGAAACUCAUGGUCACCAAAAUUACUCCAUAAGUUCAGUGAUGUAGUCUGGCAUGUUAGCUGGUCCAUUACUGCAAAUAUCCUAGCUGUGUCUGGAGGAGAUAAUAAAGUAACUCUAUGGAAAGAAUCAGUAGAUGGACAGUGGGCAUGCAUUAGUGAUGUCAAUAAGGGCCAAGGAGCAGUAUCUGCCAUUACAGAAGGACAACAGAAUGAACAGUGAUGUCUAUGAUGAAGAUUUCCAGUUUAAAGAAACAGUUUUUUUUCUACUUUUCUUAGUAAUCCAGGUUUAUUGAAUACGGGCCAUGUAAAAUUUAAUUUGUUAUGAAUAUUCUCUUGAUAAAAAAAAUAAACUGUGCAAUGCCUUCACCAAUCUGGUAUUUAAUAGUUUGAUGGAUUAUAACUUUCCUAAUUCCUUGCAGUGUCUAGGAAUUAGGAAGAGGAUGAACUAACACAUUUAGAAGGUAUCAGGUUAGGGAAAGCCCCUGUAACAAUUUGCUUUAAUUGACACUUUUAAAAUUCAAGGCAAAAUCGACAUGAAAAAAUACUAUUCCUUUUAGUAUGAUUUUUUUUUUAAAAAAAAUAUAUCAGUAGUUUUUCAUCAUUUUACUUGAAAAUUUUGGCAUGCUUUCAGCUAGUAUUUCUCUGUUAAAAGAGUCUAAGAGUUUCCCAGAGUAGAUGUUUUAGUAAUUACACUUUUUAAAACUUAGUAUUUUCUCUUCUGUCAAGAACUACAUGGUAGAUAAUUUGAACAUAAGAAGAGAUGGGAGCCGAAAUUUAUAUACACUAUGAUCCAAUACAGCGUUACCUUUGCUUUUUAGUUUGCCUUACAUGAACUGAAAAUGUAAAUUUGAUCUCUAAAAUACUGCAUAACUAAUGUUUUGUUCUUUUGGUUUAAAAAGAGAAAUAAAGUCCAAUUAAAAUUCACUGAAUUGUUCAGAAAGAAAGUUGCUCUAUGUUGUAAUUAUUUUGUACAUUUUUCAUAGUAAAUUGUAAUAAAUUCAGAAAGUUGUUUAA